AUAAAAAAAUGUGCAAUGGGCCGUGGAACGGUAAAAGUACUUCCUUGGUUGGAUCUUCGAGGUAAGUUAGGUGACUAUAUAUACAGUGGAAAGGUCUUAGAUCUCCUCGUUCUUCACCUCAAGAUCUUUCCCAUUUCCCUCCCUCUUCCUUUCUUCUUCUUCCUCACCCAGAUUUUCUUUCUUUUCUUCCUUUUUUUUUUCUUUGAUCUAACAGCUCAAGACCCAGAAAGGAUAUUGAAAAUGGUGAAGAUCUGUUGCAUUGGAGCUGGAUAUGUCGGUGGGCCUACUAUGGCUGUCAUUGCACUGAAAUGCCCUGAAAUUGAAGUGGCUGUUGUGGAUAUUUCUGUGUCAAGAAUUAAUGCCUGGAAUAGUGAUGCGCUCCCAAUCUACGAGCCGGGUCUAGACGAGGUGGUGAAGCAGUGCAGAGGAAAAAACCUUUUCUUUAGUACCGAUGUGGAGAAGCAUGUUUCCGAGGCUGAUAUAGUGUUUGUUUCGGUUAACACCCCAACCAAAACUCAAGGUCUUGGAGCUGGGAAAGCGGCUGAUCUGACCUACUGGGAGAGUGCUGCUCGUAUGAUUGCUGAUGUAUCGAAAUCUAACAAGAUUGUGGUUGAGAAAUCAACAGUUCCUGUUAAAACAGCCGAGGCAAUAGAGAAAAUUUUGACCCACAAUAGCAAAGGCAUCAACUUUCAGAUUCUCUCGAACCCUGAAUUCCUUGCUGAGGGAACUGCAAUUCAGGACCUAUUCAAUCCUGACCGAGUUCUUAUAGGAGGCAGGGAGACUCCAGAAGGUAAAAAGGCAGUAGAAGCAUUGAGGGAUGUUUAUGCCCACUGGGUGCCUGUGGACCGGAUCAUAUGCACCAACCUAUGGUCCGCUGAGCUGUCAAAGCUUGCUGCCAAUGCCUUCUUGGCACAGAGAAUCUCUUCUGUUAAUGCUAUGUCAGCAUUGUGUGAGGCGACUGGUGCUGAUGUGAGCCAAGUGUCUCAUGCAGUUGGGAAGGAUACAAGAAUAGGACCCAAGUUCUUGAAUGCUAGUGUGGGUUUUGGUGGAUCUUGUUUCCAAAAGGAUAUUCUGAACUUGGUCUAUAUCUGUGAGUGCAAUGGCCUCCCAGAUGUAGCAAAUUACUGGAAACAAGUCAUUAAGGUGAAUGACUACCAGAAAACUCGUUUUGUGAACCGAAUUGUUUCCUCAAUGUUUAACACAGUUUCAGGGAAGAAGAUUGCCAUUCUUGGAUUUGCUUUCAAGAAGGACACUGGUGACACAAGGGAGACCCCAGCAAUCGAUGUGUGCAAAGGGCUGUUAGGUGACAAGGCUAGACUGAGCAUAUACGACCCUCAAGUCAAUGAAGAGCAGAUUCAGAGGGAUCUUUCAAUGAAGAAGUUCGAUUGGGACCAUCCAGUUCAUCUUCAGCCAAUGAGCCCUACUUCUAUCAAGCAAGUUAGUGUUGUUUGGGAUGCCUAUGAGGCAACUAAGGAUGCUCAUGGGAUUUGCAUUCUGACAGAGUGGGACGAGUUUAAAACCCUGGAUUACCAAAGGAUUUAUGAGAACAUGCAGAAGCCUGCGUUCGUCUUUGAUGGCCGGAACAUAGUGGACGUAGCUAAGCUGAGGGAAAUUGGGUUUAUUGUCUACUCCAUUGGCAAGCCAUUGGAUCAAUGGCUUAAGGACAUGCCUGCUGUGGCAUAGAUCGAAUUCUGAAGCAACUUGUGUGGGGUCGAGCUAGAACUGAUAAUUGAGAGACGUACAACCCCAUGAUAUAUCUUUUUUCCAAUUACAUUUUACUUCUAGUUUUAAGAUUCCGCCAUUUCCACAUAUACUGGGUUACUUGACACAGUAGUGUCUAUUUGUCUUUAGCCGGUAGAAUAUCUGAUUGGUUAUUGGCUUAAUGUAAUAAGACCUUUACCAGUGAUUUUAUACCAGUUAUCUUAUGCACGAAUCAUGAUACUUGUUCAUUGAA